GGUAGGACAACGGUAUCACAACGGGAACGCCGGUACUACAUCGGUAUUGCUACGGCCAAUUGUGAUUUUUCAAGUGCUUUCUCGACGGAGCUCUGCCGAUUUUCUCGCCGUUGUUAAGUGUGUGCUUCGGUUUAGUCCCAGCGAGGUACAUCGGUAGUGUGUGACAGGCCCUUUAGUUCCAGUAAGUCAUGUCAGUCAUUGUGUGCAGGUACACGCAAGUGGGUGUGUACUUUUAGGGCCCAAUAAUGAAUUAGGUCAGAGUUUAUAACCUCGCCCAGGUAAAGAAAGGAUUUCGUAUCAACACAAGAUGGCCAAAACUACAGCCAACGAUAUUCAGAAACCAAGUUUAACACCCAGAAUCGUCAUUAUAGGAGCUGGGAUUGCGAGUUUGUCUGCAGCGAGAGUUUUACAUCAGAGUGGUUUUCACGAUGUGCAGGUGUUGGAGGCGCUUGACCGUGUCGGAGGGAGGAUUAACACCGUCACGUGUGAGAAGGGCAUCAUAGAUAUGGGAGCUCAGUUCAUACACGGCCACAAGGACAACAUAAUCUACAACAUCGCUCAGGCCAACGACCUCGUACUCCUGCCCUCCGAUGAGUAUUACAGUGUUAGUUCUGACAGUGAGGGGAGGGAGAGACACCCCCCAGGAAAGGAGGACUCUAAGGGCAGACUCUCUGCAUCAUACUCUGAACAGGGACUGUUCUUCACGUCUAAUGGAGACAACAUCAGCAGCAAGCUCGUCCAGGAGUUGAUGAGAGUCUUCGAUAAAAUAUCUGAGAAUGGAGAUCUCUUUUAUGAGAGAUAUGUUGAAAAGAGGAAAAUGUUGGGGAAAAAAGAUGGAAAUAUGUCUCUGGAUGGCGACCCUGGAUCAGAGCAGUCAUAUUUAUCUUACGGAGAAUUCAUAGACAAAUGUUUUAAUGACUACAUGGAAACGUGCAAUGAUUCGCCUUACAUGGAACAGAUUAAGAAAGCAUUUAACAACUAUGUAUUUUAUUUGGAGUGUAUUGACUGUGGUUGUAAAUCGCUGUACAAUCUUUCACUCGAGGGAUGGGGGAAGUAUUCAGUCCUCGAGGGAAGUUACAACACCGAAGUCAAACAAGGAUUCUCCAGUGUUCUCAACAUUUACUUGAAUGACAUACCUUCUGAUAUCAUACAUUUGUCAAAACCGGUUGCUUGUGUACAGUGGAAACACUGUGGUGAUGCUUUAGAAGCAGCCAAUGACAGUUCGCAAAGUAAAAAUCCAACCUCAGAUGCUGUUGAUGUGAAUCCUAACAAAAGUGAAGAAGGUUUUAAUGCCAAUCAAAACACAAAAGCUAGAAAGCCAAAAUUAGAUGGUGGUGAUGCCUGUCCAAACCCAAGAACUGAGGAACAAAACUCUAAAGGUGCUGAUCUCAAUUCAAAUACACUAGGAAGCAAGAAGCUGGCAGAUGGUGAUGCCAAACUGAACCCAAGAUUUGGAAAGCCAAGAGCAGUGAUUCGGUGUGAUGAUGGAACAAGUUACGAGGCUGAUCAUGUCAUAGUGACAUCAUCUCUUGGAUUCCUGAAGUCUAACCAUCUGACCUUCUUCCAGCCCCGUCUCCCAGCAACCAGGCAGUCGGUGAUUGAACACGCAGGCUUCGGAACUGUCAAUAAAGUCUUCUUGGUGUGGAACCAGCCUUUCUGGAGCAAGGAUGAUGGGUUCACUGGCUAUCAGUUUCUGUGGUUGGACAACAUCCCUGUUCACGUUCCUUCAGCUAAGAGUCAGCUCAGAACAUCGGAUCUGUCUCACGGUGAAGAUGUGAUUUCUGCAAGACAUUCCUUUCCGAAAUCCAGCUUCAUUUCUGCAGUUAUCCCAUCUGCGCCUGAUGCUUUUCCAUUCUCCAUAGCUCUAAUGGCAUUCUUCACUUCUGUGAGUGUUGGUGGAUCAAUAUUCAUGUCAAGGUCUUGGUCUGCAUCUGGAAUUUCUGCUAGGCAGUUUGGUUCUGCUCUGUUCAGUAUGCUGUGGAAAGAUUUAGGUUCAACACCGCUUGCUCCCUCGAGAAUUUCAAGAACUGCAAUCUUGAGAGCAGCUAACUUGUUUCUGGACUCUGAAGCAAUGCUCAAGGUUGGAAGAUACCUGUAUUUUCCAUUCACAGACCCUGUGCUGUUAUUUGCUGGUGAGGCUUACAGUUCACGCCACUUCUCAUCCGCCCAUGGUGCUGUGCAGACUGGGGAGGACGCAGCAAGAACCAUACUGAAUAUGUACAACAAAUAGAGGAGAAACACGAUGAACAAUUAUGUAGAAGCCUUAGUGGUGUAGUGGUUAAGCCAUGGAAAUUAAAGCAUGAAAAUAAAGUUAAAAUUAAAUGAAAUUAACCUUUUCCGACUAUGGAACAGGAAAUCCUGUUUAAAAAAAAUCACUGUUCAGACUACAGAACGGGAAAUCCUGUUGUGUGUUUUUAGUUUGUAUUUACCACCAAAUGUAUCACAGGUUGACAUGCGCAAUAGAGGCAGUGCUAACAACAACAUCCUGUAGAAGUUUUACAUGGUUUGCAGUGAGAAUGUGCUCAUUUAUUCGGAACUUUUCAGCCUAUUUGGUAUAACUGUUCUGUUAACUGCAAUGGCGACAUCCAUUUUCGAUAAUACGGCCUUCACACAAAAUGACUGCGAUAGUGAUGUUUAAUCAGAAUGUGAGAGUGAUAAUUCCGAUGGAAUUCCACCAGCUGAAAUACUAUCACGAAUUCAAGAUGACAUACCACUUUCAAGAUUUGCACCUGGUCGGAGAUAUUUUCUAAAUGGGUUUAUUAAUUUACACAUUUUCAUAGAAAUUUGAUAGUUUUAUAACCAGUGAUUUUUUUUAAUAUACCUAUAUAUAUAUAUGUAUAAUAAUGAGCUACAUGUUUGAACCAGUCUUCUACUAUGAAUAAUAAACAAGUUAUCAUCAA